AUGGGCAGGAUAUUUUCUGAAAAAUCUGAUGUCUAUAGCUUCGGGGUCUUGAUAUUGGAGAUUAUUAGCAGCAGGAAGAAUACCAGCUUCUAUUACUAUGAACAACUUCUAGGUUUCCUACCUUAUGCAUGGCACUCAUGGAAUGAAGGCAGGGGAUUGGAGUUGGUUGAUGAAAUAUUGGCAGAUUCAUAUUCCUCAUCAGAAGUGAUGAGAUGUUACGCAUUGGCUUCUUUGUGUACAAGACAAUAUUGCAGAGAGGCAAACCAUGCUAGUAGAUCGAGUGGCUACAUGUCUCUGGAGUAUGCCAUGGGCGGGAUGUUUUUUGAAAAAUCUAAUGGCUACAGCUUCGGGUUCUUAGAAUUGGAGAUUAUUAGUGGCAAAGAGAAUACCAUCUUCUAUUGCAGUGACCAACAUAUAGGCUUCCUAGCUUAUGCAUGGCACUCAUGGAAUGAAGGCAGGGGUUUGGAGUUGGUUGAUGAAGUAUUGGCAGAUUCAUAUUCACCUUCAGAAUCUCAUGGAUUUCUGUUUUUGAAACCCAAAGGCAUUGCAUAUGCAUGGGUCAAGUUUUAG